GUACCUUUAUUAUAAUUCCGCGAAGCGUCGCCCAAGACUUAACAUGUCCUCCAUUACUUUCAUUCCUAAUGCCAUAGGCUGAUUGUCAGAAUGCGAGUUUUUCAGAUCUCAUCCUUGCUUCUCGCUGCCUCUGGUGCUAGUGGCGCUGUCUUAGAGAGUCAAAAUGGAGGCGGUUUUGAGGAUGGCCAACCAAUUGACGGCAAUGGCAAAGGCGCUCCAAUUCUAGGCGGCACCAAUCACGCUCUCGACCUUCAGAAUCCGGAUAAUCUGGGCCAACAGAGCACCGAUAAUGGUGUCGUCCCUAACGUCAAGUGGAGUUUUUCGGACUCCAAAACGAGGAUCCUGAAAGGGGGUUGGGUUCGUGAACAAGUCGUUACAGAUUUGCCCACCAGUAAGGACAUCUCGGGUGCCCAGCAGCACCUGACCAAGGGCUCCAUCCGAGAGCUGCAUUGGCAUCGAGUGGCUGAGUGGGGAUAUGUGUACGCGGGAUCAAUUUCGGUUUCCGGCGUUGACCAGAAUGGCCAGUUCCAAGUUGCGACGCUUGAAGAAGGGGACAUUUGGUACUUCCCUAAGGGGGUGGCGCAUACCGUACAGGGCCUUGAUGAUGAGAAUGAGUUUCUCCUCAUAUUUGACGAUGGCAACUUCGACGCUGUUGGAACCACAUUCAAUGUGGACGAUUGGAUCACCCAUACCCCUAAGUCUAUCCUAGCGAAGAACUUUGGUCUUUCCGAGGACGUCUUUGGCACAGUUCCAUCCCCGAACCCGUAUAUCACAAACGGUACUGUUGAUCACCACAAUGUAACGGGUGGCAAUGGAGAGCUCACCGGGAAUGCGUCUUUCGCAUACUUUUCAAAGGAUCACCCCCUCGAGAAGGUUCCGGGAGGAGGCGGUACGCUUCGCAUUGUUGACUCAAAGACUUUCCCCAUCGCAACAACGAUCGCAGCCACUGUAGUCACUCUCGAACCAAAAGGUCUUAGAGAACUUCACUGGCACCCGAAUGCGGAAGAAUGGCUCUACUUCCACAAGGGUCAGGGACGUGCGACUGUAUUCCUUGGCAGUUCUGCUGCUCGAACAUUUGAUUUCAGGGCGGGAGACACCGGCGUAUUCCCUGAUAAUAGCGGUCAUUAUAUUGAGAACACAUCUGACACCGAGGAAUUGGUGUGGAUUGAGAUUUAUAAGAGCGAUCGGGUCGAAGACAUUUCCCUGACGCAGUGGCUCGCUCUGACGCCAGCAGGCAUCGUCGCUACCACCCUGAAGAUUCCGCUUGACGUCGCCGAAAAUUUGCAGAAGGAGAAGCAGCUUCUUAUCAAGAACAGGUGAAAGUUCUGCAUGUCUCGGACGGCCUGCCCAGGUCUCUUACUAUUUAGACCCCGGUGGUGUAGGGCUGGUGAUAGUGCGGAGAUAUCAUUGCCUUAUUCGUAUUAGGGUGUUUUAUAAUCUGUAUAAUUUUUAAUUGACAUAACAUCC